CUUUCAUGGGCACUCUAUGUCUGAUUCGUGAACUUGCACGUCUAUGCCGGUCACUGGUUCCUCGUAAUCAAAACUUCUUGGGCUUUUCACACAGUCCAGACCUGGUCUUUGCGAAGUACAUUCGACGGAAAUUACACGAAUACUAGUGGAUACUAGACUCGCGUCAAUCAAUAAGCUUUCCCCGCAGCUUGCAAGGAUCAGAACGUCUAGCAAGAUAUGUGAAGACCGCAUGCUCGGCUGCUCUUAGUGUACAUGGUCACCCAUCUUCCUUGACGUCAACAUCCAUGCUCCAGGCACUUCUUCGCGAGGCUUGUCGUCAAGGCUUGUCACUGUCAAUGUCAGUUUCUGAGGGCCUUCCCGCUGUUCGGAAGUCGACACCGUGCGUGGAUAUCUUACUUAGCAUGAAGACCUAGUGAGACCGAAAAUGCUGGCACACCGUAGCUGGUAGGCCUAUUCAAGCAUACGUUUAUCCACUGGUAUUCCGCCUUCCCGGACGCUCUUUCUCCGGUUCCAAUCACUGAUAGGCACCCUAUGUGUAGGUUGAUCGUCGAUUGCUUUGUUUGACUGACCGGAGGGUUGCAGCCGGAUGUACAUCUUUUGACACGCCCCAUCGUGAAUAUUCCUCCUGCAGGCACUCUACGUGCCCAGGACUCGGCCAUCUGAUCUAGCCAACCGAAGCAGUCGCUUCGACUAGCGCCUAGGCAACCGGGGGUGUAUGACUUUCAUCGACCUACUCAUACUUCGGCCAUACUGUGUGGCCUUGAGGAAUAGUUCGACUGCGUCGGAUCCCUCAAACAUAUCUUCAUGACUGUUCGGCGGUGUGUUUCCGGUCUGCCAGUGAUGGUCGUAGAGGACGACAGGAUACAAGCGGCAAAGGUUGGCACGUGAAUUAGUCUCGAGGAGCAAGAUGUUUUAACAGAACGCCCUGGAGCACCCAUGGGUAUUCUAUUCCGAAAAUUCGGAGACCGUUUCGUGACCGAAGAUAUGUCGCAUAGGAGCCUUGGAGAGGACAAGUAUCCAAUACGGUUAUCAGUCUUCGGCAGUCGGCAUUUGAGGGACCACGUUUCCACCGAAGACAUGCGGCUUGAUGCCGUACCAAUUCAGAAAUUGAAUGGACAUAGAAACACUAUAAGAAGCCCGAGGUGUCUGUUGACUUGCCUCCCUUAAGCACAGACGACAAUGACUACUCCAAUCCCCAACCCACCCACAGUGCCUUUCUUGGGAAAUGUAGGAGCAAUAGACAGCGAAGUUCCUCUGCUAUCUCAUAACCUUCUCGCACGUCAAUAUGGCGAAAUAUACCAACUCUUCCUCAUAGGGUUCAAGAUCGUGGUGGUCACCACGUAUGACCUGCUCAGUGAAGUCUCUGAUGAAAAGCGUUUCCGCAAGUUUAUUGCUAGCAGCCUGAAGGAGGUCCGUAAUGGCGUCGGCGACGGGCUGUUCACGGCCUUUGUCCCUGGAGAAGAGAAUUGGUACAUCGCACAUCGUAUAUUGAUGCCUGCUUUCAGCACCCUUGCUGUACGUGGGAUGUACGAUGACAUGUAUGACAUUGUAUCUCAGCUAGUCCUCAAAUGGGAACGCUUUGGAUCAAACUACAAGAUCGAUGCUGCUGCAGACUUUACUAGAUUGACUUUCGAUGCCAUCGCAUUCUGUGCAAUGUCCUAUCGUGUCAAUUCGUUCUACAGUCCUGACCUUCCUCCUUUCAUUCAAGCCAUGGCAGACUUCUUGACAGAGAGUGGACGUCGCGCUCAGCGCCCCGGAGUAGUCAACACAUUGAUGCGGGGUAGCGCCUCCAAAUAUCAGCAGGACAUCCAGACCUUGAUGAGUUUGGUCGAUGAAAUCAUUUCCGAACGCAGAGCCAACCCUAUCGAGAAGAAGGAUCUAUUGCACGUCAUGCUUGAAGGCAAAGACCCGCAGACGGGCAAAGGCCUUUCCAUCGAGAGCAUACGAAACAACUUAUUGACUUUCCUCAUUGCCGGUCACGAGACAACCUCAGGCAUGCUCACAUUUGCUAUAUACUACCUCUUGAAGAAUCCCGACACUAUGCAAAAACUUCGUGAGGAGAUAGACACAAUGAUUGGUGAUCGACCAAUGACUGUUGACGAUGUCCACAAGUUACCAUACUUGAUCGCGGUCAUGCGUGAGACUCUUCGUCUCGCGCCCACAGCUCCUAUGCGCUCUGCAGCUCCUUUGGAAGAUACGACUCUGAAGAACGGGACGUACGCUGUUGAGAAGAACCAACCAAUAGUCAUCAACAUUUUCGUAGCCCAUCGUGAUCCUAAAGUGUGGGGUGAGGAUGCAGAAUCAUUCCGACCCGAACGUAUGCUCGAUGGCAAGUUCGAACAGUUAUCGCCCAACGCGUGGCAACCGUUCGGAUUCGGGAUGCGAGGAUGCAUUGGCCGUCCCUUCGCAUGGCAAGAAGCUCAAAUUACGCUAGUCUCAAUCUUCCAGCGUUUCGACCUCGUCAUGGAUGACCCUUCAUACACGCUUCAGCUGAAGCAAACUCUAACCAUCAAACCAAGUCAUUUCUAUGUUCAUGCAAUCCCUCGCAACGGCAAGCCUAGAUUACUGGCUACGCCUUCUACGAUCCUCUCGCAGGAUCAGAACGCCACGACCACAUCUAGUCAGUCGACACCAAGUACCGGAGCUGAUAAAACAGUCCCGACACAACCUCUGUAUGUCCUGUACGGCUCUAACACAGGUUCUUCUGAGGCAUUUGCCCAACGGAUUGCUUCCGGAGCUGCCUCCCAUGGAUUCCGAGCACACAUCGGAACCCUGGACUCCGCCACGGGCCGAAUCAUUACCGAUGGACCUAUUAUUGCUGUCACAGCCUCUUUCGAAGGUGAACCUGCUGAUAACGCAAAGCAAUUCGUCUCUUGGUUGACCAGUCUCCAAGGCGAAAAACUGAAGGGCGUGUCCUAUGCCGUUUUCGGUUGUGGAAAUCACGACUGGGUCUCCACAUACCAGAGGAUCCCUACUCUCAUUGACACCGUAGCUGCUGAGCGGGGCGCCCAGCGUCUUCUCGAACGAGGUGCUGGUGACGCCGGAGGAAGUGAUUUCUAUGAUAGCUUCGACAAGUGGGAAGCCGAACUCUGGCAGACUCUCAGGAAGGUCUAUCGCACCACGGAGGCAUCAGGAGAAGGCGGUAUCAAGAUUGAAACUGUGGAGAGUGGCUCUUCUCGUGCCCACCUCUUACGCCAGCCCGAUACGGCAUUCGGCACUGUUGUCCAGAAUCGCGUUUUGACUUCACCUGGUGCUCCUGUGAAACGCCACCUCGAGUUCGUCUUGCCCCAGGGCACGACUUAUCGCGCAGGAGAUUAUCUUGCUAUUUUGCCCGUCAACCCUCCUCGUGACGUUUAUCGCGCUCUUGCACGUUUCGGUCUGACGGCUGAGCAUGAGAUCGCUAUCUCUGCUUCUGGUCCUACUUCGCUGCCUGUGAACAAACCCAUCAGUGUCUUCAAUCUGCUGAGCGGAUAUGUCGAACUCUCUCAGCCAGCGACCACCCGUGAGCUGCGCAUUUUGGCCGAGACACAGAACUCUGAGGCCUCUAUGAAUGCUCUGAAGGCGUUGACCCCAGAAGAGGUCGUGGCUAAGAGGUUGUCCAUCUUGGACAUCCUCGAGGACAAUCCAGAUAUUAAGCUCCCUUUCGAGAAGUUCCUUGAGAUCCUUCCAUCUAUGCGUGUUCGCCAAUACUCCAUUUCCUCUUCUCCUUUGUGGAACCCUCAACACGCUACUCUGACCAUCAGCGUCAUCGAGGCGCCCGCCAUCUCUGGUCGCAAAGAGCCUUUCCUUGGUGUCGCCUCCACCUACCUCGCUUCUCUCCGUCCAGGAGAUAAGGUCCAAAUGGCCGUUCGUUCCUCGAACGCUGCUUUCCACCUUCCGUCUGAUCCCUCCGUUCCCUUGGUUCUCUUCGGCGCCGGAUCUGGUCUGGCUCCUCUUCGGGGCUUCCUGCAGGAGCGAGCUUUGCAAGCUCAAGCUGGCCGUGACGUGGCGAAAAGUUUAUUGUUCUUUGGCUGCCGCACUCCGUCCGAGGAUUUCUUGUACUCCGAUUCUGAUUUGAAGGAAUGGGCCAAACUCGGUAUCAUUGACAUCAGGCCAGCCUUUUCAAGGUCCACGGAAAACUCGCAGAACUGCAAGUAUGUCCAAGAAUCUGAUCUUAAUGACAGUCGCAUCUGGAACGACCGCGAGGAGGUCACCGAGUUUUAUAAGAAAGGCGCAAGGUUCUACCUUUGCGGCUCCGGAAAGGUGGCAACCUCUGUGAAGGAGAAACUGACAAAGAUCAUCCAGGAAACACAGCAAGUUGACGAGGAAGAGGCUUCGAAUAUCUUUGGGCGGAUCACGACUGGCCGUUUUGCCACUGAUGUCUUUGAGUAAUAGGUCCCUGUCAAUGUGAAUAUGUGGAGAGUUUGGACUGUAAUUACCAUGUAUAAUAGCUUUCGUUCAUGAUCAACAUAUCUGUCUGGCUGCAUCCCGUUUUCCGUGCAAAAGACUGAUCAAA